AUGUGUCUCCAAAGGGAUGAAGACUAUGGUGACAAUUUAAAUGAAGCGACACCAAUGGUGCAGUUACCUCUACUGGGUCCGGAGUCGGCACUGAACUCAAACCCGGGUGGCGCCGCGAAGCCGCCGCUCAUCAACUCAUUCGAGCUGGACCGGUGUCUGGAGCGGGAGGAGUCCGGCAGGUGGGGCGGCGAGGCGGCGCGGCGGCGCCGGCGCAGCUCGCCCCCGCGCCGCGCCUCGCCCCCUCGAGAUCAUGAACCGCUUGCGCUUGCCCGCGUACGUACUACACCUAUGUCUAACGCAUCAGCCCCUACUUCUCCAACUGGAGGUUCAGCGCACUCGAGCCCUGCGCCAGUGUCUCCUGCAGGCAGCGCGGGCGCUGCUGCAGGAGCUCGCUCCCCACUACCGCUGGUGGCACCAGACCUUCUGGCGAUGCAACUACUUGACCAACACACGCAGCUGCAGGCGUUAAUGAAGCAACGCCUGUUCCAUCAGCAUCACAUGCAAAAGCAGCACAUGUCUUCGGAGGCAGCGAAGCGACAGUUGGAGCAGUCGCGACUGCAGGAACAAAUCAACCUCAAUCUACUGUCACAGUCGCAUCUUCCUCCACCCGAUACGUCGCCUGGUUCUCUGCAGCAACAGCUUGGAGCUCAGCAGCAGCAGCUAGUGCAACAACUGCAGGCUGUUCAGCGUCAGUACCUGAUGCAUGGGCCUCUAUCAGUGCCGCCUAAUGCGCCGCCAGGUCAGUUGGACAUGGCAGGUUUGAUGCUAUGGGGCAGUGAGAUGGAGGAGCAUCCUCUGUUCGGGCGUGGUGUAUGCAAGUGGCCCGGCUGUGAUGCACUUGCUGAAGACUAUCAAGCAUUCCUCAAGCAUUUGGAAGCUGCUCACACCUUGGACGAUAGAUCAGCCGCUCAGGCGCGGGUCCAGAUGCAGGUGGUCGCCCAGCUCGAACUGCAGCUGCGACGUGAACGUGACCGCCUCGCUGCUAUGAUGCGACAUCUGCAUGCCGCCAGGGACACCACCCACCAUCCAGCUAAACAUCCCCAUGGUGGGGCUGCUGAAGGUGCUUCUCCUGGACCAGUGCGACGUCGUGUUUCAGACAAGUCGGGCGUUGCUAUAGCCGGAGAGAUUCAACGCAAUCGUGAGUUUUACAAAUCUGCGGAUGUCCGGCCUCCCUUCACAUACGCUUCUCUCAUUCGACAGGCUAUAAUAGAAUCUCCGGACAAACAGUUGACUUUGAAUGAGAUUUACAACUGGUUUCAGUCUACAUUCUGUUACUUCCGGCGAAAUGCAGCUACUUGGAAGAACGCGGUGCGUCACAACCUCUCGCUGCACAAGUGCUUCAUGCGCGUGGAGAACGUGAAGGGCGCCGUGUGGACCGUGGACGAGGUGGAGUUCUACAAGCGCCGCCCGCAGCGCGCCGCGCACACGCACCCGCCGCCGCUGCACGCCGGGUUUAUGGGAGCUCAAAGUCCACCAAUGAUGACCAGCCCUCAUGGAUAUAGCGAAGCACUAAAGCGAAAUCUUCAGGGUAUGAUGGAAGAUUGCAACUUGUCGUAUAUAUCCGGUGAGGAUCAUAUGAUGCAGUCAGAAGAUUACCCUUCCUCUCACGAGGACUACAGCCGACCACCAAUGAUGAACGGUUACGGCAGCAGCAGUUCGUCCCAUGACGUAAAGGCUGAGGAUCUGACCAGUGACGCGCAGGAUGUCAAGCCUAAUAUCUACGCGCUUAAGAAUGAGAUGCAAGCAUCUGAUUACUCUAACAAAGAUUAUUCAAAUUCCAACAAGGAGUCAUCCAGCAACCGCUCCGGGGAGACAAGUCCUUACGAUGACUAUCCCCGCCCUGAGGACAGGUACCGCGCCUCCAUGUCUCACAUUAAAGAUGAGGCUGAGAAUCUGUCCCUCAAUGAACAGAGAUCUGACAAAUAA